CCGCCACAUCGCAUCAUCAUUAUUCCGCCGUGCCACAGCGGAGCCCCGGCGAUCAACGGCGGAAGUAGCCAAGUGAAAGACCACGCGGGACGUGUUAUAUGGAGGUGGCCCUCAUCUUGACUUCCCAAGUUCUUGGUCUUUAUUUUGAAGACCAUUUAAUUUGACAUCCCUUGCUCCGAUAGCCUGCGACCCGCACAACCCCCUGUUUCGAAGCUCUCCUUCCUCCGGCCUACGCAUCCGGUAGACCUGUCGCCGAACUCCCGAUAGCCAAUGCUCCAUCGACGACACAAUAUAACAGGGACAUGGUUGUGUGACGUGGUCAGUCCGAUCACGAACCCCUGAGGUGACCUCGUGGCAUGCGACACUGUACCUCGAACCCCACCCCCGAAAAUACCGACUCGUACGCUGUGAAAUUGCCCGAGCAUUUCCCCAGGGCCUGCGGCUUACAUCAUAAACAAAAUCCGACAUCAUGUCUUCUAUGCGAGGACUUGUCCAGUUCAUCGCAGACCUGCGCAAUGCGCGGGCGCGGGAAUUGGAGGAGAAACGUGUGAAUAAGGAGCUGGCCAACAUCCGGCAAAAGUUCAAGGCUGGCAAUCUGAACGGCUACCAGAAGAAGAAAUAUGUCUGCAAGCUGCUUUACGUCUACAUUCAGGGCUAUGAUGUCGACUUUGGACACUUGGAGGCGGUCAAUCUCAUCUCUUCGAAUAAAUACUCCGAGAAGCAAAUCGGCUAUCUAGCCGUGACUUUGUUCUUGCACGAGGAGCACGAGCUGCUUCAUCUGGUCGUGAACAGCAUUCGGAAAGAUCUGUUGGACAACAAUGAAUUGUUCAAUUGUCUGGCGCUCCAUGCCGUGGCCAAUGUGGGUGGUCGGGAACUCGGAGAAGCAUUGGCGACCGAGGUCCACCGGCUCCUGAUCUCACCAACUUCUAAAGCGUUCGUCAAGAAAAAGGCCGCCCUCACAUUGCUCCGGCUGUACCGCAAGUACCCAGGAAUCGUGCGGAAUGAAUGGGCCGAACGUAUUAUCUCGAUCAUGGACGACCCUGAUAUGGGAGUCACCCUAUCCGUCACCUCGCUCGUUAUGGCUCUCGCCCAGGACAUGCCCGAAGAAUAUAAGGGCAGCUACGUGAAAGCGGCCCAGAGGCUGAAGCGGAUCGUGGUGGAUAAUGAUAUCGCACCCGACUAUCUUUACUACCGAGUCCCAUGCCCAUGGAUUCAGGUCAAGCUACUACGCCUACUGCAAUACUAUCCCCCCUCGCAGGACAGCCAUGUCCGCGAGAUUAUCCGAGAGUCCUUGGCGCAGAUCAUGCAGGCCGCCAUGGAAACGCCUAAAAACGUCCAGCAGAACAAUGCUCAAAAUGCCAUUCUCUUCGAAGCCAUCAACCUCCUCAUCCACCUUGACUCUGAGCAUACACUUAUGAUGCAAAUCUCCACUCGUCUGGGCAAAUACAUCCAAUCUCGCGAGACCAACGUCCGGUAUCUGGGUUUGGAUGCCUUAACCCAUUUCGCUGCUCGAGCAGAAACACUCGAUCCCAUCAAAAAGCACCAGAACAUAAUUCUGGGUUCUCUUCGAGACCGAGAUAUCAGUGUCCGUCGUAAGGGUUUGGAUCUACUGUACAGCAUGUGCGAUACCACCAAUGCGGGCCCGAUUGUUAACGAGCUACUGCGCUAUCUGCAGACCGCCGACUAUGCAAUUCGCGAAGAGAUGGUGCUGAAGGUCGCAAUUUUGACAGAGAAGUACGCCACUGACGCACAAUGGUACAUCGAUAUGACCCUGAAGCUGCUGUCACUAGCUGGUGACCACGUCAACGAGGAAGUUUGGCAGCGAGUCAUUCAGAUCGUGACGAACAAUGAAGAGCUGCAGGCUUAUGCGGCUCACACGCUACUCGGGUAUCUCAAGACCGAUUGUCAUGAGAGCUUGGUGAAGAUUGGCUGCUAUGUACUUGGCGAAUUUGGCCACCUAAUCGCUGAUAAUUCUGGAUCAAGUCCAAUUGAGCAGUUCCUCGCCCUACAGGCUAAGAUGUUCACCGGAUCCGAUAAUGCUCGGGCCAUGAUCUUGUCUUCCUUUGUCAAGUUUGUCAACUUGUUCCCUGAGAUUAAACCGCAACUAUUGCAGAUCUUCCGCCUCUAUAGCCACUCCCCGGAUUCUGAGUUGCAGCAGCGGGCAUUUGAGUAUCUCUCGCUGGCAACACUCCCCACGGACGACCUUCUUCGAACAGUCUGUGAUGAAAUGCCGCCCUUUUCUGAAAGAACCUCUAUUCUUUUGUCUCGUCUGCACCAGAAGACGGCGGGUACUAGCGAGAAGAAGACCUGGGUUGUUGGUGGUAAGGACGCCAAUGCGGACAAGCAAGAAGUCCUCAUGGCACAGAACACUGGCCUCAAGCGCACGUUUACAACUAUCGUCAACGGUACGCGCACAAGAUCCAAUGGAGGAGGAACUACCGCCACUAGUGCCGCCAGUGCUUCGGGUGAUCUGGCUGGUCUAGACUUUAGCGGCCCAUCGGCCCCUCCUCCUAACCUCGCCAGUGCCGCACACUUGACUCCAGAUUGGGACAUUGGCUACAACCGACUCUACUUUUCGCACGAGGGUGUACUCUUUGAGGAUGCCCAGAUCCAAGUCGGACUGCGGUCAGAGUACCGUGGUCACAUGGGUGUCGUGAAGAUGUACAUUUCAAACAAAUCAGCCUACGCCAUCAACUCCCUGACAACGACCAUCGAAAACCCGGCUGCACCAAACCUGAAGAUCGACACCAAGAACCUCCCCGAUUCCAGCGUUCCUGCAGCGGGGCAGACCCAGCAGACUAUCUUCUGCGCUUCGCACGGUCCCUUCUCGGAUGCCCCCACUAUCCGUAUCUCCUACCUUGCCGGUGCUCUGCAGGCAUAUACCCUGCAGCUGCCGGUUCUGAUGCACCGAUAUAUGGAGCCAUCGUCGCUCUCUGCAGAAGACUUCUUCAAGCGUUGGCGCCAGAUUGGCGGCGGCCCUCUGGAGGCACAAAAGACCUUUGGUCUGAGCGGCAAGAACAAGGUGACCAACGAGGCUUAUACUCGACAGAUGGUGGAAGGAUUCGCGUGGAAAAUACUGGAUGGCGUUGAUCCGAACCCGAAGAACAUUGUCGGUUGCGGCGUGUUCCAGUUUGAAGGGGGCAAGACGGGUUGUUUAUUGCGACUGGAGCCCAACUAUGAGAAGUCGAUGUACCGAGUUACUAUCCGCGCCACUAAAGAAGGGGUGCCGCAGGGACUGGCGCGACAGAUGGAGCAGAAACUAUCUCAGGGAACUACCAGAGAUGCUUAUGACUAGAGGGAUCUCUAUCGGCAGAUUAGGAUUGCGAGACGGAAGGGAUGGCUGGGGGAUGGGUGUGCAUAAUGUAAGCGAUGGUGAAUGGGGGCAUGCAUGUAUAUCUUUUGAAUAGCUUCCCAGCCAAAUAUCAGCGAGCGUUCAUUUGGAUGCCUCGUAUGUACUUUUGUAUAACCUCAACUGGAAGAGUGAUAUACCGUAUUGUAAAUCUAUCCAGACAUUUUUCUUUUCCACUCCCAUAGGUUGACACAUAUUUCAUGAUGCUCUAGAGACGACGCAGCGAUAUUUCUCGCUUAAUUAUGCAACCAUGAUGGCUCGUAAUCCACCAGUACGACCCUCAAUCCACCGUUCUCAAGCCCGCGACAGGUUCAAAUAACCCUAGCUUCAGACUUGGGAGGCCUGUCUCCAAAAAUGGUCGUCCCGACACGAACCUGAUCACUUCCCAGCGCAAUCGCCCCCUCAAAGUCCUGACUCAUUCCCAUACUCAACUCUAACUCCGCAUCCGCCCCGGUUAACCCCAACUCAGAAACGAUCCGAUCCCGCGUCUCGCGCAAACAAACAAAAUCCUCAUUCUCGUUCUCGGUAGUAGUAGCCUUUGACCGCGCAAUAGCACCGAUAGUCAUGACACCCUGCAAUUUAAGCCGGGGACAUUUCUCACGAAUGUGUCUCGCCAACGCCGGUGCCGCCGCGGGCUCGACACCCGCUUUAUUCUCCUCGCCAGAGGUGUUAACCUGCACGUAGAUACGCAGCCGGGAAUCGGCAUCUUUAUCCGUCUCUGCAGCUUGAGCUUCGGCUUCCAAUUCCUCAGCAUCGGGCUUGCGCUCGCCACGCCCUUUAUCCAAUAGCGUAGCCUUUUUCUCGGUAUCCACGCUCUCGACGGCCCAAAGCCCGCGUACAUCCCGUGCUAGCGUGACGCAUUUAUUCGAUUGCAAUCCACCAAUGAAAUGCCAUUUAAUAGUAGGCGGCAGCAGGCGCGAUUUCUCGAGGAGUUCUUGCAGGUAGUUUUCGCCAAAGUGGAAUUGCGCGGCGGGGGAUUUGUGCAGGGCGAGGACGUCAGAAGCGGGUUUGAGUUUAGAGACGGCGACGAGGCGGACUGGUUUUGUCGGUGUUGGGGAGUGAGUUGAUGCGGUUGCGAUGCUUUUUGUUACGGCGGCCAGGUUGGCGAGGAGGGUUGAGGUGCGCGCGGGGCUGGCGGCCAUGUCGGGUUGUGUAGUUGUGGAUGGGGUUGUCAUGGCAAUGCUGAAUUCAAAGAGGGGAAUUGUGGAUGUAGAUGUUGGAGGGAGGAAUAGUAUGGAUUGUAUAGUGUGGUGAAGGAGAGUUGGAAGUGUAGAAGGGAAAGUGGUCUCCUGGUGCAGCCGAG